UGUCCGCGUGGUCCUCUACCGCUCUUACCCUCACCAGCACCAGCCUUGUAUUCGGCUUUGGUUUUACCUGUGGUAUUAAGCGCUAAUUACAGAUAUCCUGUUUACACGUUGAAAGCUCUCGUAGGAGCAACAGCAGAUCUUGAAGUAUACAUCAAGGCGAAUAUCCGUUAACUUACCGAUAUCAAAACGUUCAACGGAGAACAAAAGUUAUAGAUUUGCGCGAUAGCCGUUUGGAUAAAUAUAUAUACAUAUAUAUAUAUAUAUACUUAGUAUGUUAAAUCGUAUCGUACUAUCAACGUAACGUUUCUACUGAUAUUUGUAAUUGUACGCUCAAAGGACUCUUGAUCAGAUCACAUUCAUAAAAAUCAAGCAAAGGGGCAAUGGAAGAGCAACAACAUUCAUUGAUAAAAUAGUAGAAAAACACACGCAAACAUUGAUAAAAUAGAAAAAUCUGGUCUCUCGUGUGAGAAAACCUAAGAAAAAUCUACAAUGUUUAUACAAACAAAUCGAUAUGAUCUAUUCUAAUCUAAUCAAAAUGGAUAAAUGGAUAGACUCUCCCUCUCUCUCUCUCUCUUUCUCUCUCUUUCUCUUUCUUUCUUUUUCUUUUUUGUGUUUCUUUCUCACCUUCUAUCGUUUCGUCUUCGAUCUCUACGGCGAUGUCCUGUCCUCGUUAUCGAAGGUAGAGAUUCGUCCGCCCGAUCGAGCGCACGAAUCCCGAAGGAUGAUCUUGGUUGCCAUGUGAAUCGUUCGACGCCAAGGCGACAUCAUCCCCCCCGGUCUCUGCCCGCACCUGCCAGCCCUCGUGUCCGUCCGUCUUAUCCUCUUCGUUGAUGACUCUUCCAACUGACAUCCAUUAAUAUGCAAAUUUGUAUUGCCAGCCGUUGCGAAAAAUGAAGACGAUCGACGGCAACAUCGAUUACGUUAUCCUCAAUUAACGGAAAUGAUGGACCCUUGGCAUUAGCCACGAAGGAAGUUGAAAUAUUGUGAAUCCUAAGAAUGUCCUACCACUUAGUUAUCUUUAAAAGUGGAUUCUCGAAAGCUUGGAAACCCCUUUAUCGUUUCUUAAGACGUCUUUAUGGACCCGUCGAUCGUGCAGAAAAUCUUUUUCUAAGAAUGAAAAACAUUUCCGUGAUGGCAAAUCAAAUAGUUUUCUUGAUGCUCGCGGAUAAAGUUUUGGUACCGAAGGAAAGAAUGACCUGCCUUUACACUCUUAUGUUUUAUAACGUUAUCGCUUAUUGCGUGAGCUACAUAAAGGAACUGAUCGAAAAGGAAGACUGGACACCUUAUGUUACUUUAACAGAGAGAUCGCAGAUCAAACAUCUCGCUAUGUCGGCCACGAAGAUUGUCUUAGAGUGGACCAAGGCCGUUACAUUCGUUGUUACUCUGACCUUCAUGCUCCUCGUAUUCGGUUUGGAACAAGGACUCGAACAUUAUAAGCCCUCGACGUUGUAUACCGUAUUGACUUGGAUUUAUUAUUCGGCAACGGAGAAGGUCUUCGUCGACAUGUUCCCAACGAUUCUAGGAUAUCUACAACUGGAAGCAUUGGAAAACAUCGAAAAUCUUUAUGCUCCUGUGAUAUUAAGAUACUUUACUAUUGGUAUAUCAGCUUUCUUCAGUCUUAUACUCUUACCGACGGCACCCUGGAGAUUCCUUUUUGUUGCAACUUAUCUAAACGUUUAUCUGAGAUGGAAGGAACUUAUGCAAAACUCUGGGGCAGCGUUAAAACGCGAACGGGAGAUAUUAAAUCGAUAUAGAAAGGCCACUGCGGAGGAAAUCGAUAGGUUUGACGAUGUCUGCUCCGUUUGCCUUUGUACCAUGACAAAAGCCAGGGUGACACCCUGCCAUCAUCUCUUCCAUGCGGAUUGCCUCAGGCAAUGUUUAAAGACUAGCGACAGCUGUCCCAUGUGCAAGCGAGAACUUAAGUUCGACUGAAAUACUACGUGCUACACACGUUAAUGGAAAAGAAAUGUAUAUACAUAUAUACGUUCGUUCCUUUUUAUUUUUACUACUUUUUACUAUUCUGUCGUGUUAAGUUCCACUCAGAGAAUAAUCCUUCUAUACGUCCAAUCAACAUUUACAAUCAGAGAUCGAAUCGCCGUUUUGGAUAGUAUACGAUAUAUUUUUAAUAGAAAUUGAAAAGGAGAACUUUUUUUCGAAUAUCCAUAUCAGAUGUAUCUUUAUACAUCUCAUUCCAUUACUUAUUCCAUCUUAUUUGUACAAGUAAAAUCUACUAAAUUCUUUUAUUUAUUCAGAUUAGUAUUUCAGUUCGAAACUUGGGUAUAGAUAACUUUAAAUAAAAGAUAAUACAUUUUAUACUGACAUACAUCAAAGCAUCCUAAACAACAUAUAAGAACGAAUGUUCCUUUAAGCAUACACUGUUCUGUGAUAUAUAAAAAAGGAUAUAAAAAACAUCUUUUCUCUGAAUAAAUGUUAAUAAAGAAAUCA